AUGGCGUCUGAAACUUCUUCAGAUCACAUUAAACCCAAAGAUGGUCGAGAUGAUAGCAAGAAUGGGCCCACCGUCGAAGCUCGCACGGUAGAUUUACGAUCAUAUGGAGGAGCAAAUGAGCUUUCAAAACUAGGAGAGGCAACCGAAUUGUCACCUGUGGAGGCGUUCAAAUGGAAUGUUGAAGGGGACGAGUCACCGUUUCCUGAGGUAGCAGCAUGUGUAUCUAACAAAGAUAAUCCGACCAUGCUCUGUAACACUAUGCGGGCGUGGAUUUUGAUUACAAUCUUCGUCAUUGUGUUUUCUGGUGUCAACCAAUUUUUCGGGCUACGAUAUCCAUCUCUUACCAUCGGUUACGUUGUUGCCCAGCUUCUCGUUUAUCCUAUCGGUCGGGCUUGGGAAAAGCUUCCACGCUGGAGAGUCCCACUGGGAAGACUGUCGUUUGACAUCAACCCGGGCAGGUUCACCAUCAAAGAACAUGCCUUUAUUGUGAUAUGUGUUAAUAUUAGCGCCUCCACACCUUAUGCUCAAGGCUCAUUGAUGGCCAUCAUUCAUCCUCGGUUUUGGGGCCGUGAUUAUGGUGCUGGGUUCUCUUUUCUGUACCUGCUGACAACCCAGAUGAUUGGCUUCGGCCUGGCUGGACUUGCUCGCCGGUGGAUUGUCUACCCUGCCGCCCUCAUUUGGCCUACGUCCCUUUCAUCCACCGUUCUCUUCCGCGCUCUCCACGAACGUGAGGAUCAUUCCCCUGUAAAUGGAUGGACUAUCACUAGAUAUAGUUUCUUUGCGUCCUUUACAAUUUUUGGAUUUGUGCUCUUCUGGUUCCCAGAUUAUAUCUGGACCAGCCUGAGUAGUUUUGCAUUCAUCACCUGGAUCGUGCCUCACAAUCAAGUUGUUAACACAUUGUUCGGAAUGAACUCGGGUUUGGGACUUCUGCCGAUUAGUCUCGACUGGACAGAGAUUAACUAUGCUGGGUUUCCACUCACCACCCCAUUCUACAUUACAUGCAAUGCAUUCGCUACAAUCGUGAUAUUCUACUUCUUCCUUUCGCCAGUCCUAUAUUACACGAACGUCUGGAAUAGUGCUUACCUUCCGCUUCUAUCUUCGGGUACGUUUGAUAAUACCGGCCAGUCGUAUAAUAUCACACGCGUGGUUGAUGCGAAUCUAAACUUUGUCGAGAGCAAAUACCAAUCCUACUCACCGAUGUACAUCUCGAUCGCCUAUGCUCUCACGUACGGUCUGGGCUUUGCGGCAGUGACGGCCGUAAUCCUGCAUACUUAUCUCUACAAUGGUAGCGAGAUCUGGGCUAAAUUUAGGAACUCUCGUGCUGGCGGGGAGGACAUUCAUCGUCGACUGAUGCAUGCGUACAAGGACGUGCCAGACUGGUGGUAUGGGGUGUUGACCGUUGUCGUGCUCGGACUGGGCAUUCUCACCGUGCGAUACUGGGAGACGGAUUUGCCCGUCUGGGGAUUCCUCAUCGUCUGUUUUGGCAUGGGGGUUGUCUUGAUUCUCCCGGAAGGGAUCCUGCAGGGAACAACUAACCAACGAGUGUUUCUGAAUAUCAUUACCGAGCUUAUCGCGGGAUAUGCGUGGCCCGGCAGCGCUAUCGCAAACACCAUGGUCAAGUGUUAUGGUUAUAACUCGAUUAAACAUGCGAUGGACUUUGCACAGGACCUCAAAAUGGGGCAGUAUAUGAAAAUCCCGCCUCGGACUCUUUUUGCCGGUCAGAUCUAUGCAUCUAUUAUUGCAACUAUGACGCAAACUGGAGUGCUGCGCUGGAUGCUAGGACAUAUCUCUGGACUUUGCGAUCCUAAGAACCCGAAUCGCUUCACAUGCAACGGGUCCAAGGUUAUGUACAACUCUUCCAUCAUUUGGGGAACGAUCGGCCCACAAAGGCUGUUCCAGAGCGGACAGGUAUACAACGCGCUCAUGUACUUCUUCUUACUUGGACCCGUGGUCACUGUCAUAGUAUAUGUUCUGUACCGGCGUUAUCCCAAUAGCUGGCUGAAGUAUGUGAAUGUACCCAUCUUCUUCAAUGCUGCCGGCAAUAUUCCCCCUGCUACUACGACGCAAUACUCUCUCUGGUUUAUUGUCGGCUUUAUUUUCAACUUUUGGAUUCGCCGACGCGCCUUCCAGUGGUGGAAGCGAUACAAUUACCUGCUCCAAGCUGCCAUGGAUACGGGUACUGCUCUUGCGACAAUUAUCAUAUUCUUUGCCCUGAGCUACACUGGCACCAAGCUUAAUUGGUGGGGCAAUACGGUUGGAUCGAAUACCUAUGAUUCUCAAUCUGUUCCGUACUUGACCGUGUCGAAGGGAGGCCAUUUUGGUGCGGGGCCAGGGGAGUUCAAGUAGAGAGUUGAAAUAAUUUCCGUUGGCAUCGAUAGAGCCCAUGCAAG